UGGAACGCAGUAGCUCUGUGGGCAUGGGACAUUGUGGUUGAUAACUGUGCCAUUUGCAGAAACCAUAUUAUGGAUCUAUGCAUAGAAUGUCAAGCAAACCAAGCAUCAGCUACCUCUGAAGAGUGCACAGUUGCAUGGGGCGUCUGCAAUCAUGCUUUCCACUUCCACUGCAUCUCUCGCUGGCUCAAAACUCGCCAAGUAUGUCCACUAGACAACAGGGAAUGGGAGUUCCAAAAGUAUGGACACUAGAGAGAUGGUGACCACGCUUCUUGUUAUGUCGUCAGCCUCAGUUGUUUGUGUCACUAUGGGUUUGUUUUAGCAACUUGAAAAAUCAGUAAUGUAUACAAUUCUUCUUUAAUCUUAAUUUCUCCCUGUUGUAUACCAUUGAAUAAAAUCUUGCUGGAGCUUCC